AACAGCGGAAAGAGAUUGCUUGCUGCGGGGGCGACAUGGAAUUAUAUUAUUCAGCAUCCACUUUAUAUGCGAGGUCUAGUGGAUGUAGGCGACGUAUCUGAGAGGCUCAAGCUGGUUGCCCGUUGCCAUGGAGAAGGGCCAGUAUAUGAAGAGCGUGAUAUUGUACUUGCUAUUGAAUGCAGUGCGUGCGCUAGUAGCGAUGAUUUAAUAUAA